AUGGUCUUGUCGACGCACAUUGCGCGUGUGUCGGAUUCGCUGCCGCUCGCACAGAGUGUGGACGAUGUGCAGGGCCCUGAUCUGACGCAGUACAAGCAGCAAGCUAAGCUCAUUUUCCGAAAACUGACGCCGUCGUCUGAGACGCGAUGCAGCAUCGAUAGUGGCCCCAUGUCGCUGCACUACCUCGUGCACCCGCCGCCCAGUGACCCGUCGUCGGUAGUGUAUCUGACCAUUACAGAGGCCUCAUAUCCACGCAAGCUGGCGUUCUCGUACCUCGAUGAGCUCGCGCGUGAAUUCGAGAUGAGCUAUGGCCGACAGAUCCUGCAGCGCACGCUACGUCCGUACGCUUUCGUCGCGUUUGAUACAUUCAUGCAGCGCACGAAGCGGCUGUAUGCGGAUAGUCGCACGGCCGAGUCGACGGCUGGCUCCCAUCUCGACAAGCUCAACGAGGAUCUGCAGGAUGUGCAAAAGAUCAUGACAAAGAACAUGGAAGACUUGUUAUGGCGUGGUGAUAGUCUUGAUCACAUGUCGACGCUCUCCUCGUCGCUGCGUGACGAGUCGCUCAAGUACCGCCGCGCGGCGCGAAAAAUCAACGUCGAUGCUAUGAUUCGCAAAUACGCUCCGAUCGGCGCGCUGGUGCUCCUCUUUCUCUUUAUUCUCUACGUCAAGUUUGGUUAG